CACGGAGUACCAGACAUCAUGCUCAAUGUACUACUGUUGAUUAAUCCCGCCACCGUCGGGUCACGCUUCCUCUUGCUCCCAUCUUCGUCUUCAGAUCUUCUCUUUCUUUCCUCUCUUUCUCUCUCCUAAAUCGCCGACGGCUGUUACUUUCACUGAUCUGCACCCUGGUGCCUCUCUGAAGGCUUUUGAUGAAUUUCCCUUUGGAAAAUCCUACAUCUCUGGGUAAAACUCUCCUCUCUUUUAGUAAUUCUUUGUUUCGGGUCUGUUCACUUGUACGGGCACAAUCCGGAAUUUCGUGUUAAAUUGUGUGACAUUUGCCCGUGAAUUUAAAAAGAUGGUAUCAUAGUAUAUGCUGCCAUUUUGGACUAUGCCUUCUCUUGCUCCUUGAUUGAGGAUUGUUUUUCUAGUGUUUUCGUGUUUGUGUCCAUCCAAGAAGGCAAAUCUGGAUUCAGAAAAUGCAUAGGAGCAUACGGAAGAUUACCAAUUUGAUCCCUUGUGGUUAUUAUUCUUGCAGCUGAUAUUUUCUGGUGUCGAGUGUAAGUUGGUGCUCUCCAUUUUAGGCAACAAUGUCCGCCACCUCCAACCAAAGUCGGCUUGGCACUGGUGGUGUCCCUUGGAAUCAGGAUGCUGAAGCUUUGUUCCGGGUGAAGCCCAUCUCGGAAAUUCGCAAUGUGGAGGCAACCACCAGGAAGCAGAUCCAGGAUAAGAGUGAGGAGCUCCGCCAGUUGGUCGGAGACCGCUACCGCGAUCUAAUUGAUUCAGCUGAUUCCAUUGUCCUCAUGAAGUCAUCCUGCGAAUCUAUCUCCGCAAAUAUCUCUUACAUCCACGAUGCAAUUGUCCACUCUCUCUCUUCCCCUGAUGAUCCUCCAAGGUCCCCUCGCAUCUCUUUUAACCCUGUUGGAGCCCGUAUUUAUGGAAUAGCCUGCCGGGUCAAGUACCUGGUGGACACCCCAGAAAACAUUUGGGGCUGCCUCGAUGAAUCCAUGUUCCUUGAAUCCUCUGCUCGAUAUAUCCGUGCAAAGCAUGUGCAUUCUAACUUGCUCAACUGCAAGGAUAACAAGAAUGUGCUCUCCAAUUUCCCUUUGUUGCAGCACCAGUGGCAAAUAGUAGAAGGUUUCAAGGUUCAGAUAUCACAGAGAAGUCAUGAGAGAUUGUUGGAUCAAACCAGUAAUCUUGGAAUCAGUGCCUAUGCAGAUGCAUUGGCGGCUAUUGCCAUCACUGAUGAACUUGAACCGGAACAGGUGUUGACUCUAUUUAUAGACUCUAGAAAAGCAAUCAUGUCUCAAAAGCUAAGUGCCUGUUCUCGUGAUGCCAAUGCUAAUAGUUCUGAAGUAAUUUCUGUGUUCUGUGAUGUCCUAAAGAUAAUUCAAAUCACUAUAUGCCAAGUGGGGGAAUUGUUCUUGCAAGUAUUAAAUGAUAUGCCUUUGUUCUAUAAAACCAUUUUGGACACUCCUCCUGCAUCUCAGUUAUUUGGGGGCAUCCCAAACCCUGACGACGAAGUGAAGUUGUGGAAUUUGUUCAAGGACAAGUUGGAGUCUGAUAUGGUACUGCUAGAUCGGGAUUUUAUUUCCAAGACUUGUUCUGAUUGGCUUAGGAAAUGCGGGAAGGAAAUCAUGAGCAAGAUUAGUGGAAAAUACUUGAUUGAUGUAGUUGGCAGUGGUUAUGAGCUUUCUUUAGCUGAGAAGUUGAUAAGGGAGACCAUGGAUAGCAAACAGGUCUUAGAGGGUAGUUUAGAGUGGCUGAAGAGUGUUUUUGGUUCUGAGAUUGAGUUACCAUGGAAAAGGACACGCGAGCUUGUCUUAGGGGAAGACUCAGACAUUUGGGAUGAUAUCUUUGAAGAUGCUUUUGUUCAGAGGAUGAAAGGGAUCAUAGACUUGCAAUUUGAUGAACUAAGUGGAGCUGUUGACGUGCUGCAGUCAGUUAGAUCAAUUGCAAAACCUCCUGGUGAUCAAACUGAUCCUGAAGAUUACUUUAAUACGUUUCAAACUGGUGGUGGGGUUUGGUUCAUGAAGCCAAAUGGUAAAAACCCAGUUUCUGUUCCUGGCUCAAAGUCACAUCAGCCCCAAGAAAAUGAUUUGCAUAGCUGUCUCAGCACGUAUUUUGGCCCUGAAGUAAGCCGAAUUAAAGAUGUUGUGGACAAUUGCUGCCGUAAAGUUCUUGAGGAUCUACUCAGUUUCCUGGAGUCUCCAAAUGCACCACGUAGGUUGCGGGAUUUGGCACCAUAUGUACAGAACAAGUGUUAUGGAAGUCUUUCAAUCAUAUUAAAACAGCUCAAGAGUGAGCUUGACCACCUAUAUGGCGAGCUUGACAAUAAAAUCAAAGAUGAUUCCCCUUCUGUUUCUCCUCCUGCUAUUCUUGUUGAGAGAUCAUUAUUUAUCGGGCGACUUCUGUUUGCAUUUCAGAAGCAUGCUAGACAUAUCCCUGUGAUACUUGGUUCACCUAGAUCAUGGGUGAGUGAAGUUAUGACUGCUGUCAAUGCCCAAUCCCCAGCUGGAUUGAAGCAUACUAGAGUAGCCAAUGACUCACAGAUAAUUGAUAGUCCUGGAAAAAGACUAAUUAAUUCCAGCAGGAAACAGACUUCUCUAGUUACUGCUGCUCUAUUUGGAGUAGAUGACAAGUUGAGCCCACAACUUGAACAAUUAAGACAGACAACCCAAGAUCUUUGUGUCAGAGCUUACAGUCUGUGGAUAUCAUGGGUUUCUGAUGAACUUUCAAACAUAUUUUCAAGAAAUCUGAAACAGGAUGAUGCAUUGUCAUCAACUGCUCCAAUCAGAGGUUGGGAGGAGACUGUAGUCAAGCAGCAAGAACAGUCGAGUGAAGACCAGUCAGAGAUGAAGAUAUCUCUUCCUUCUAUGCCUUCUCUAUAUGUCGCAUCAUUUUUAUUCUACGCAUGUGAAGAGAUUCACCGCAUUGGUGGACAUGUACUUGAUAAAUCAAUUCUGCAGAACUUUGCAACAAGGCUUUUCGAUAAGGUUGUUGGGAUUUAUGAGAAUUUCCUGUCAGCAGAAGAAGUUGGCGGGUUUCAUGUGUCAGAAAAAGGCAUUCUUCAAGUUUUAUUUGAUUUGAAAUUUGCUUCUGAUAUUUUAUCUGGGGGUAAUUUUCAAGCAAGUGAUGAAUUAUCUGAAAUCUCUAAAUUGAAAGCUCCCUUGAGAAGAAAGCAGAAACCACAGCAACCCCAAUCGGUCAUGGGAGAGCGUAUUAAGCAGUUGGUAAAUCGUCUAUCGCAGAGACUGGAUCCCAUAGACUGGCUCACGUAUGAGCCAUAUCUUUGGGAGAAUGAGAGACAGGCAUUCCUUAGGCAUGCUGUCCUCUUUGGGUUCUUUGUGCAACUUAAUAGGAUUCACAUGGACACUGUGCAGAAGCUGCCCACUAAUUCUGAAUCAAAUAUUAUGCGCUGCUCCACAGUACCUCGUUUCAAGUAUCUUCCCAUCAGUGCUCCAGCAUUGUCUGUUAGGAAUGCAGCCAGGACUGCUGUAUCAACAUCUAUGGAUGAUGUUUACUCGAGAAAUUCCUGGAAGAAUUACACAAAUGAAGAGAUAUCUCGAAAUAUUGAUGUUGAUGAGGACUCCAGUUUAGGAGUGGCUGCCCCAUUUUUAAAGUCUUUCAUGCAGGUUGGUAGCAGAUUUGGCGAGAGCACACUAAGAUUGGGAUCGAUGCUAACAGAUGGGCAAGUUGGAAGGUUUGGUGACAUAUUACCUGCUAAUGCUGCUGGACUCCUUUCAUCCUUUACUGCUGCCAGAUCAGAUUCUUGACUGGAGCAACUACUCCGGAAUCCUGGAGCACUGGCCAUGAACCAUGAGUUGUUUUUUCCUAAACCUCCUUCUCAUGGGAGAACACUGUAUGCUCACCAGGAAUGAAGUUGCAUUCUUUUGUGUUUCCAGCUUGAGUAAUGCUUUUAACUGAGUCGUUAGAGCAUAUAUAUGAAGGCAUAGCAAAAGCAGCAGAACAGAACCCAUGACUUGCAGCAGAUUUGCCUUUGGGAAGAAAUCGUAACAAUUCCUCAUUCCUGUUGCUGCUCAGAUCUCAAUAUAUGUAAAUCUUGUCUUCUUGGAUGAUGAUACUAAGAGAGCUUGGGAUGUAAUUUUUCCAGUACUGCAGAUAGAAAUGUCAUUAUUGCCCUCGAGGACAUGAACUCACAUAUUCAACCUAAAUAUACAUUACCUCCAAUUCUUGUUUGAUUUUUCA